UCUUUCACAAACUCAACACUCUGUCUUAUUCUGAGGGGAACCAAAGGAAAGGAUUAGAAAUAAAGCCUUAAUCUGCACAUUGGCAUUGAUUUUUCACUUAAAUGUGUAUUAGAAAACCCCCAUUCCCUCGUCUCCUCCUUAACAAUGUCUCUUGCAUGAGAAAUGCUCAGCAUGUUCUCCGUCAUGUCAAUGUCUCUCUCCAUAACGGAAGUGCGCUAGUCCUAACUGGUGCAAAUGGCUCUGGCAAGACCACCUUCCUCUGCAUGUUAGCUGGAUUUUCCCGUCCCUCAGCCGGUGAAAUUCUUUGGAAUGGACACAACAUACAAGAUUCUGGAAUCUUCCACCAGUACAAGCUCAAGCUCAACUGGCUCUCCCUCAAGGAUGCGAUCACUGAUCGGUUCACGGUUCUCGAAAAUGUUCAGUGGUUUGAGCUUCUUGAAGGAAAGUAUGGCAAGGCUUUACCUGCGCUUGAGUUGAUGGGGCGGGGCUGGGCAGAUUGGCCAAGGAGAAACCAAAGAUGCUAUCCAUGAUGGGGCGGGGCUGGGCAGAUUGGCCAAGGAGAAACCAAAGAUGCUAUCCAUGGGGCAGCGGAAAAGAGUGCAACUUGCAAUGUUGAUUGUCGAUCGACCCAUAUGGUUGCUUGAUGAGCCUUCCGUUGCGUUGGAUGAUGAAGGGGUGAAGUUACUUGAGUACAUCAUCUCGGAACAUCGGAAGAAUGGAGGGAUUGUGAUUGUGGCUACUCAUUUACCUAUUGAAAUACAUGAUUCCAUGUUGUUGCGGCUCCCACCCAGGUUUCCAAGGAGGAUGACUUUCUUUGAUAUGCUUGAUCGUUCCUAUAUUAUGUAAUUGGAUUAAAGUUCUGGGAGUAGUUAUUUACAACAUAAUUUGUGACAAUGGAGUCAGAAAAGUUAGUUGUUUUACUGUAUCUUUUCUGAAAGGGAACAUUUUAUGAUAAGAGCUAAUGAUAACAAUAUUUUGUAGGCACAUUUAGCCUUCAGCUGAGAAAGAGAUAAUUUUUUAUUCUAA